AUGAGUCUAUUUCCGAAUGCACGGUUGGUUAACAUAGUUUUUUCCACCUCGGAUCAUUGUCUUCUUUUUUUGGAUCCAUCUUUUCGAUUCCAGGCAAAUUCUAGGAGGGUGUUUCGGUUUGAGAAUGAUUGGUUGCGUGAUCCCAAGUGUUAUGCUAUUAUCCAGGAACAUUGGGAAGCUUGUGUAUCGGGUAACAUUGUUGAUAAAGUGGGGGCAAUUCAGGGUCCUCUUGGUGGGUGGGAAAGGAGCUUAACUAACAAUUUUAAGGAGAGAAUCCAAAGCUGUAAAACCAGAAUUGAUCUCCUUAAAGGCCGACUAGAUGUGGAGUCUCUGUCUGAAUAUAAGGAGGCGAGGAAACAUCUUGCUGAAAUCUAUCAUCAAAAAGAAAUCUUUUGGCGGCAAAGAUCGAAGCAAUUGUGGCUUAGGGAGGGUGACCAAAAUACGAGGUAUUUUCACGCUGCUGCUAGCUCCAGAAGAAAAAAUAAUUUCAUUCAGGCGUUAAAAGAUGAGACCGGUUCUUGGGUUCAGUGGGGGUCGGGCCUGUCUCAGGUUAUGGUAGACUACUACACUAAUAUUUUUCAUUCUCGGGGGUCGAAUUAUGCGGAGGUUCUUGAUGUUAUACAACCAUCCAUAAUAUAUGAGGAUAAUGUUGCUCUUUUACAGCCAGUUUUGGAGGAGGAGGUAAGGCAUGCUGUCUUCCAAAUGCAUCCAGACAAGUCACCUGAGCCUGAUGGUUUGACGCCUGCUUUUUAUCAGAAGUGUUGGCAUAUUGUGGGUACGGAUGUUGUUAAGAUGGUUCAGGGAUUCUUCCGAUCUAAGGUCAUGCCUCGGGGUCUAAAUGAUACUAAUCUUGUUCUCAUUCCAAAGAAGAAGUCUCCUUCUAUUAUGGGCGAUCUGAGGCCUAUUGCUCUUUGCAAUGCGUCAUAUAAAAUCAUUUCGAAAGUCAUGGCUAAUCGGCUCAAACACUUAUUAUCGAAGAUCAUCUCGGAGUUUCAGAGUGCGUUUAUUCCUGGGAGGCUCAUUACUGAUAAUGUUAUUGUUUCGUUUGAGAUCUUACAUUAUCUUAGACAUAAGCAACAAGGGAAGAAUGGUUGUAUGACUUUAAAACUUGAUAUGAGUAAGGCAUACGAUAGGAUGGAAUGGUCUUUCUUACGAGCUAUUUUAUUGCGGAUGGGGUUUGCGGAGGCUUGGGUUGACAUGAUCAUGGAAUGUCUUCGAACGAUUUUGUAUAAUAUUGUUCAUGGUGGUGAAAGUUUGGGUCCUAUUAUCCCAUCUCGGGGAAUUCGCCAAGGAGAUCCGUUAUCGUCGUAUCUGUUUAUCAUCUGUGCAGAGGGUUUGUCUGCUCUUAUUCGGUUGUAUGAAGAGAGGGAGUGGCUUCAUGGUUGUCGGGUGGCUAGGGGGGCUCCUUGUGAAAACAGAGAAGAGGCUCAACGGGUCCUGGAGUUGCUUAACACUUUUGAGCGGGCGUCGGGCCAAAAGGUGAACCUUAGUAAGUCUUCUGUUUUCUUCAGUUCGAAUACUGAUGCCGGGACUCGUGAUUUUAUUUUGUCUACUCUUCAUACGAGGGCGGCGGAUGAUCAUAGUUUGUAUCUUGGGCUGCCUAGUAGGGUGGGAAGAAAUAAGAAUGUCACUUUCCGCUUCCUAAAAGAGAAGGUGAGGAAAAGAAUUCACAAGUGGGAUAGUAAACUCUUGUCUAGAGCGGGGAAGGAAGUGCUUUUGAAGUCGGUUAUUCAAUCUUUACCGACUUAUGCUAUGAGUGUUUUCUUGAUCCUGUUGGAGAUUUGUAAGGAUGUGGAUCAGCUUAUGGGUAGAUAUUGGUCGCAUACAAAGUCGUCGCAAGGCCAAGGUAUUCAUUGGAGGAGUUGUGAUAAGCUGUGCUUGCAUAAGCACCAAGGGGGAUUUGGGUUUCGGAAUAUCAGGGAUUUUAAUUUAGCGAUGUUAGGAAAGCAAGGUUGGAGGCUUUUGACAAAUAAUAGUUCCUUAGUGGCGCGGGUUUUUAAAGCCAGGUAUUACUCCCAGUCCUCGUUUCUUGAUGCUGAGCUAGGUGCUAAUCCAAGCUACGUGUGGCGGAGUGUUCUAGGGGCAAAUCUGUGGUUAAGAUGGGUGCGAGAUGGUGUGUUGGAGCCGGUUUUUCUAUAUCGGUUCUCAAUCAACCUUGGCUUCCUUGUAAGGAAUAUCCGUAUGUUACCUCUUCUCAUGUGGCUCUUCAUGACUAGGGAUAUUGCUUUGAUUCGUUGUAUUCCGUUGUCUCUGUCUUCGGUUGAGGAUGCUUGGUUUUGGGUGUUGGAGACACAUGGGGAUUAUUCUGUCAAAAGUACUUAUCGCGCCUUACAAGUAAGCAAUGGUAGGUGGAAUACUCAAGACAAUUCAGGUUUUUGGAGGAUGUUUUGGAACUUGAAAUUGCCUCAUAAGGUGAAGAAUUUUCUUUGGCGGGGGCUUACUUGUCUUCCUACUCUUGUGGCGCUGCGGUCUAAAAGGGUCCACGUGAGCAGUUUGUGUUUGCUGUGCAAUCGGGAGGAUGAGACAGUUUUUCAUAUCAUGGUUAGCUGCACUUUUACUAAGAGUUGUCUGGACAAGGUGCUGGGAGGGUCGGUAGGAAGGGGUGAAGCUGUUGUGUUUGGCAGCUGGUUUGAUAACGUUUGUAAGGUGCAGCCUAUGGAUCGUAUUGAGAGGCUUGCUAUGCUUCUUUGGGGAGUUUGGAGGGCUCGUAAUGACUUGGUUUGGAAUAAUAAGGCUUUGUCAGUAGAGAGGGUGGUGAAUGCUGCAAUUACUUACCUUGAUUCUUGGAAGAAUGCUCAGCUGGAAAAUAGAGUUGUGUCGCCAAUUUCUGGUCCGAUUACUUUCGGGUGUGAGCAAUGGGCUAAACCUUGUUUUGGUGAGAUUAAGGUUAAUUGUGAUGCUGCUGUCUUUGAGGAUGACAAUAGUUUCGGUUUGGGGUGGAUUGCUUGGGAUCAUAAUAGUUUAUUCAUUGAUGCGCUGGCGGUUAAAACUUAUGGUGAGCCCGACCCGUUUUUGGCUGAAGUUAUACCGUUAAAGGAGGCGCUCAGUUGGGUGAAGGGAAGGUGGGUUGAGGGGGGUGUGCCUACUAGUGUAGUCAUGGAGUCGGACUCACUGCUGCUAGUGCAAGUCGUACAACGGAAAAAGCUUUUGUUGUCUCCGGUGGGGCUUUUAGUUUCAGAUUGUGUUGCUCUUAUGCAAUCCUCUCUUUUGUUUCCUAUUUCAAUUAGUUUUGUUAAACGGUCCGGGAACCAGGCGGCUAACUUUUUGUCUCGUUCUUCUGGUUCUAUUCCUGGCUGUGUUUCCCGCGGGGGUUUUGUCCCUGCUGGUUUGGAAGCUAUCUUGGUAGCUGAUUUGAUUUAA